CAGGAGUUCCUUGGAUAUCAGAUGCCAGAACAUGGGGACUUGCUUUCUGUUCGCUCACAGUCUUGAACACCCAGGCAGUUUGAGGAAAUUCUCCAUAUUGAUCUCCGUUUGCAUACUGCUCGAGAAACCCUCCACUAAGCCUCCAAUCCCUACGGUUUCACCAACCUCAAAAGCCUAUAAAGUCCGCCAUGAUAACCAAGAAAUCUGCUACCUCUAACCCUAUCCCACCACCUCGACUGAACCACUAAACCUCAGAAAACUUGACCAAACCCAAGAUUUCACUAAUUAUCACCAGGAAAAGGACCCCCGACUAACCAUAUAUAGCAUCAACCAUCAAAAUGAGCGUCCCCAACGACCCAGCCUACGGACGCUCCCAGGCCCUCGAGUCCACCAGCCACUGGUAUGAUGCCCUCACCGAUCUCUUCCCCCCCGCGGCAGGCUUCACUGUAGACCUAGAAGCCGGGAUCCUCUCCCCGAUGCGCGAGUCCUACAACCGCAUCACCGUGACGUUCUGUAAGCCCGCGCGCGAACCCGACGCUGAAGCAGAAGCAGAAGCAGCCGAGCACGCAGUCGGCAGGGACGGCAGCAGCAGCGGCAAGGGGACCAUCAUCUUCACCCUCGUCACCGGUGCGCUGCGACGCCCGCGCGCGCACCCAGGCCACCACGUGCUCGUUCUCCGGGAUUUCCUGGCCACACACCACGAGCACGGCCACGACCACGACCACGACCACUACUACCAGCACCACCCGGCCCGGCUCCUGUCGUCGUCGGCGGGGCCCAUCGUCGGCGCCGUGGUGCUGCCUCGGCUGCCGGUGACGGUGCAGUUCUACCGGUGGGAUUCGGGCCACGGCGGGUGGGUGUUGCCCGUCGGGGGGGCGCUCGAUGAGGUUGUGGAUCGCCAGGGGAUUCUGGGGGUGUUGGCCGGGCUUAAAGGGUUGGUGCUGAGUAGUCGUGGGUUUGGGUUGGGGAGAGGGGUAAAUUGGGUAGAUGAUGAGGAGGUGGUGGAGGAGGAUUUUCUGGUGGUCGAGGCUUAGAUUUUCGUGAGAAUAUACUCUCGUUUCUGUUGGGAUGAGGUUGUAUUUCUUUCUCUGGAUUUGAAUAUGAAUAUGAAUAUGAAUGAGAGGAUUGUAUUGCUUGAUAUGUUUGUUUUUGCUGAGUUAAAUUUUGGGGUUGUGUGUUGAUUUGUUGUGAAGGGAGGGGGGGUUGUAGGGGACGAUGUAUACAGUAGGUGCCUUAGUAGGGGCAGUUAGGGGUUUGCUGAUGAUCUAGAUCAUUGAUGGCCUCUGCGGUCUGCGCUGCACCUGCAUUCAAGAACUACGACUUACUUACUGGGCAAGAGCAAGUCUGCUCCACGGCGCUAUCGACUAUGGAAUCUUCUGUUGAGCAUGGGGAAGGGAUCUUGCGUCUAUGAAGCAAAAGAACACAAGGCUG